AUAAAACAUAAUCCCCACGCUUUUUUUCUCUUUUUCUCUUUUUUUUCUUUACUUUUUUAUCAAAAAAAUGUCACUUUCUCGAGCCUUUUCUUUUAUUCAACGUCGUCAGUUCUCCAACAGUCGUCAGUUGUACAUUUCUGAAGGUGAUUCACUUCCUAAUGUUCAAGUUCAAUUAAAGUCUCCUGGUGAAACUAUCAUGACUCAAGACCUCUUCAAGGACAAGAAAAAGUCCAUCUUGAUCGGUGUUCCUGGUGCAUUUACACCUGGAUGCAGUAAAACACACUUGCCUGGAUAUAUCGAAAAGGCCAACGAGCUUAAAUCCAAAGGUGUGGAUCUCAUUGCUUGCACUUCUGUCAAUGACGCGUUUGUCAUGACCGAAUGGGGCAAGUCAUUAAAAGCAGAAGAUGCAGUCACUUUAUUAGCUGAUUCAAAAGGAGAAUUCGCCAAGGCUCUAGAUCUAUCCUUUGAUGCUAGUGGAGCCCUUGGUAAUCAUCGUUCCAAGCGAUUUGCUGCCAUCAUUAAAGAGGGUAAAGUAGAAAAAUUGUUCGUUGAACCCGAUAAUACUGGAUUAAGUGUCUCCUUGGUGGACAGUGUGUUGAAGCAUAUUUAACGCCAACUUAAUUUGUGCAACCUUUAAAUAAAAAGAAAUCAUUUCUCCCAUUUUAGG